AGAAAGUUGUGAUAAUUUCAGUGUUCUGAGUCAUCUCCAAUCUCUGAUAUAUUUCUCAUGUCUCAUCAGGCAGUAGAGCUAUUAUCUGUUUCUCCCAAAUCCAAAGGAGGAAAAUCAGAUAAGAAAGAAAUGACUGCAUUGGAGAAACAUGUGUCCUUCUUCGACAGGAACAAAGACGGCACCGUUUAUCCAUGGGAAACCUACCAAGGAUUUAGAGCGCUUGGGACAGGGCGUCUUUUGGCGGCAUUUGUUGCUAUCUUCAUCAACAUGGGACUCAGUCAAAAAACUCGUCCGGGAAAGAGAUUUUCGCCGUUGUUUCCAAUAGACGUGAAGAAUAGUCACCUUUGCAUGCACGGUAGUGACACCGACGUCUACGACGAUGACGGAAGAUUUGUGGAAUCAAAAUUCGAGGAGAUAUUCAAAAAGCAUGCUCGCACACAUAAAGGUGCUCUCACUGCAGAGGAAAUUCAAAAAAUGCUUAAGACUAACAGAGAUCCUUUCGAUAUCACAGGAUGGCUUUCAGAUUAUGGAGAAUGGAAAAUAUUACAUAACUUAGCCAAAGACAAAAAUGGUUUGUUGUCAAAAGAUAGCGUCAGGGACAUCUACGAUGGAUUUAGAGUGCUCGGGACAGGGCGUCUUGUGUCGGUUUUUGUUGCUAUCUUCAUCAACAUGGGACUCAGCUCAAAAGCUCGUCCGGGAAAGCGAUUCUCACCGUUGUUUCCGAUAGAAGUGAAGAAUAGUCGUUUUGGCAUUCAUGGUAGUGACACCGACGUCUACGACAAAGAUGGAAGAUUUGUGGAAUCGAAAUUCGAGGAGAUAUUCAAGAAGCAUGCUCACAAACAUAAAAAUGCUCUUACUUCCAAGGAAAUUAAACAAUUGCUUAAGACUAACAGAGAAGCUAACGAUUACAUAGGAUGGUUUUCAGCUUUCUUAGAAUGGAAUUAUUACAUGACUUAGCCAAAGACAAAAAUGGUUUGUUGGCGAAAGAAACAGUAAGAGGCGUC